UGAAUGCUCCAACAACCAACAGAUCUUCAUCUUUCUGAUCUCUCUGUACACAAAUUCUUUGAACUAAUAUGACAGUUCCAAACCUUCAUAACAUGUUUGGAUUUCUGAUAGUUUUGUUGAGUUUGAGUUUUGGUUGUGCCAUGCCAUCUCACCCCUCGUCUGUGGGAGUCAAAGGGGCGUAUUGGCCGUCAUGGGCGGAAUCAGAUUUCCCGCCAUCCGCCAUAGACACAACUCUGUUCACUCACAUCUACUACGCAUUUCUCGUUCCCAACAACGCCACCUUCCGAUUCGACGUCGACGCCGCGACCGCCCGGCAGCUGCUCCGCUUCACCUCCACUCUCCGGUCCAAGAACCCGCCGGUGAAGACGCUGUAUUCCGUCGGCGGCGGCGGCGUGGACGGGAGCCUGUUCACGCGCAUGGCUUCAAGCGCCGCCACUAGGAAAAGCUUCAUUCAGUCGAGCAUUCAAGUGGCUAGGAAGUAUGGGUUUGAUGGGAUUGAUUUGGACUGGGAAAUGCCCCAGAACCCAACCGAGAUGGAUUACUUCGGGCUGUUAUUGGGCGAUUGGCGGGCCGCCGUGGAGAUGGAGGCGCGGGCUACUCGCCGGCCACCACUGCUGCUCACGGCGGCGACGUAUUUCUCCGUCGAUUUCUUCCUGGCCCAGGUAUACCGGGCAUACCCAGUCGCCGCGAUUAACAAGAACUUGGACUGGAUCAACGCGAUGUGCUAUGAUUACCAUGGAUCAUGGGAUACCUCGGCGACAGGAGCCCAGGCAGCCUUGUUUGACCCGAAGAGUAACAUAACCACUAACUAUGGUCUCGGGCGAUGGAUAAAAGCGGGGCUGUUAAGAAGCAAGGUGAUCAUGGGCUUGCCACUGUACGGGAGAACAUGGAAAUUGAAGGAUUCCAGCUCGUACGGUGUCGGAGCUCCGGCCGUCGACGUCGGCCCCGGCGGCGGAACUCUGAGAUUUAACGAAAUUGAAGCGUUUAAUGAAGCGAACAAUGCGACGGUGGUUUAUGACGCGGCUACCGUGUCAGUGUACUCGGUGGCCGGAACAUCAUGGAUUGGGUACGAUGAUCCAAGAUCCAUCUCGGUUAAGGUUAAAUAUGCUCAGGCCUUAAAGCUUCGUGGCUACUUCUUCUGGUCUGUCAAUGGUGAUCACCAGUGGAAAGUCUCCAAACAAGCUAAGCAGUCGUGGGGUUUUCACUAAAAUGAUAGAAAAAUCCUUAACCCUGCGUGACUAUGAGGAUAUAUAUAUCUUUUGUUUUUCAUAUCAUCACCUAUGAAUGAAGGAGGAUCUGAAGACCACUUAAAAAAAUAAAAAUAAAAAUAAUAAACAAGAAUCUAGAUAUUCCUUCAAAUUCAAUGUACCAAUAAUAUAAUUGUUGCACUUAUUGCACAAUGCGUUUGUUGCUUUAGCAAUUAAAGUUGAACGUUGACUAAUAGGUAGAAGCAGCAAAACUAGAUGUAUGUGAUCCUGAUUUGAUUUCAGUGCGAUUAUGAUUUCCAAGUGGAAUCUUGUAAUUGGUUUUGAUUCUUUGAAUCAGUGGUUCCGAUUUGAAUUGGAUUUUUGUUUUUAAA